AUGGCGAACAAGGCAAAGGGCGCCAAGCGCCCCAAAACUGGAGACAACGAGAUGCCUAACGUCAAGGAGAUUCCCGAACAGGAGAAGCAGAACAUCAGGGACACGUAUGGAGGCAAGUUUUUAGAGUGCCUGCAGCGCGGUCUCACGGAAGUCCGUAAGGAAGAACCCAACGUCGACAUGAACGAGGAACAGCUCACGACCCUUAGCCACCGAAUCUGCGACGCGUGCUAUGAUUUCUACGGGCACGACAAGCGGGCGUUCAAGCAGAAGAUCUUCGAGAUUUACAUCAACAUGAAGAGGGAGAACAACCACGACCUGCGGCGUAAGAUCAUAACGAAAGUCAUGUCGGUGGACGAGCUGAUCCACGCUGAGACGAUAAAGCUGGCUCCCGACGAGGUGCAGCAGAAAAGGCAAAUCGAGGUUGAAAAGCACUACCUGCGGAACGUCAUAUUGCCGGGGGACCAGCACAACGUUGCAGCGACGGCGGUCGACGAGCCAGCGCCAUCUCCGCAAAGUGACGCUACGUCAGAGAAGGCCGUCAGCCCCAGCCGCAGUAAUAGUGAGUUGGAUCACAUGGUGAGUCCGGGGAGCCGCGAGGGAACAAGCCUUUUCGAUAACGAGUCUCCGGGCGAACUGCAGCCGGAGUCGCCCAGGGAAGAGGAGGAUUCAGACCCAGAUGGCGACGGGCAUGAAAACGAGUAUCAAUCGGAUGCAGAGAGUGCACGCCAGAGCUCCAUUAGCCUCUCACCAAAGUCUAGGAUGAGCUCCUCUUUUGAAGAGGCCUACGGCCAUCUCGGCGAUGCAUCCACCUCAAUCGACGAAAAGGGUGAAGCGGAUGAUAACACACCCAAAAGGAGGCGUAGUAUGUCACAGGGCAGUCUCACGGAUGAUCUGGACUCGAGCAGCAUUUUCUUCGGGCGCCCGCAUAGGGUCGAAUCUGACGAGGACACAACCCCUAAGCGGCCUCAACCGCCAGACGGAAGCCAAUACACGCUGCAGCAAGUCAUGGAAAAAAUCGAGGGGCGGUUGAAUGCGCUGCCAGCGUAUAUCGCUAAACCAUUCAGAGGGCCGCUGAAAUGCGGCCACAAACGCGUAUCACUGCUCAUGGCGAGGUCGCACAUCCUGCACAGCAAGCAACCGGAUAACAAGCAAUAG